UCGCUGCAUCCCAAUGUGCUGGCUGCCCUAACUCAACAGGCAACAAAGGAAGAGGCCGAGAGGGAGCUACUCAAGUGUGCUAACCUCGUCAGUCAGAAAGGUGUCACCUUAUUGUGUCAUUGUAUUCGAGAAUACAUCACCGCUCCCCACCUUUUACCCCCCAGACAUGCCGACUUUGGAAAUGUAAACGCUGAUGUUCUUCCUGAGGACCGGGAAGCAGAAUAACCGCAAGCAUCAAAUUAGAGGUACUGGAAGAGGAACUUGACUCAUUCAAUCAAGUGGAGUUACAUUUUUUUUCAGCUCAUAAUGGGUUUGGAGGCUCUGCUGUAUGCAUGACUUAUCAGCGACCUGAUGGGAGGAUACUGUGGCUAGUACUUUCAUCAGGAUACAAGGAGAGAUCUCAUGCCUGCCACUGAGGUGGAGGGCCAGUCAGAAUGAAGAAGAUCAGCCUUAAGACCAUUCGGAAGUCGCUGAGCAUAAAGGGCAAAGAGGACGGCGACUUUGUCAUGCUUCAGCAGCCCCCAGUGGCCGCCGAGUUCUCAAAGGAUGAGUCACUUUUUGGUGGCUGUUACACCAAAGACCUGUCCAUGUGUGAUCUGGGUGGCGAUGAAGACAAAGGUGGGCAAAACAAGAGCCGUUCAAAGAGUGAGGGGCUGAUGGGAUCGCUGAAGAGAAGGCUGUCCGCCAAGCAAAAGGCAAAGAACAAAGCCGGCCCCUCUGGAAUCAGCUCGACGGAUGAUGACGACACCUUCUCCUCCUCUUCUGUGCCCAUCAGCUUCAACGAGGUGAAAGCCCAGAGACCCCUAAGGUCUGCAUCACUACGUAGUCACCACUACAGCCCCUCACCAUGGCCUCUACGACCGGUCAACUCUGACGACGCUUGUAUUAAGAUGGAGGUCAAAGUUAAAGCCAUGGUUCACUCCCCUAGUCCCAGCCCCAACUUAAAUGGCAUCCGAAAGGAAUUCAGCGAUUUUCAGAUGGAUGGGCUCUUUCAGGACCAACCCGAAUCCUUAAAAACCCUCCAGCAGCCACAAAAUGGUGAGCUUCAUCUAAAUAUUGAUGACAAUGACGUGCCUGUGGUGCUGGGGUUGACGCCCCAAGACUACAUUCAGUACACAAUGCCUUUAGAUGAAGGAAUGUACCCAGAAGGGUCCCACUCCUUCUGUCUGGAUAGCGCGUCUCCUAUGGAGGUGGUGGCAGAGGUAGAUGAUGGGUCCCCACUGAUGGAUCAGGGACACGAGGAACAUGAGAUGGUUGGUGGUUUACCUCCAGACCUUUUCAUGGACACCUCAGUUAAUAGUCUUCUCAUCGGUUCUGGUGGAGUCAUGCUUCAAAACUCAAGAGGAGAGAUCCCGCCUCCCCUCUCUCCCCUCUUGCCUCCUAUGAGCAGUAAUGGUCAUUUUCCCAGGACGUUCUCUGGCUUCAGCUCCACAGACAGCCAUGUUGCCGAGAGAGUGAGACACCACCUCAACUUUGAUCCCAAUUCAGCUCCCGGAGUCAGCCGAGUGUAUGACUCUGUCCAGAGCAGCGGGCCCAUGGUGGUGACCAGUCUGACGGAGGAGCUGAAGAAGCUGGCAAAGCAGGGCUGGUACUGGGGGCCAAUCACACGCUGGGAGGCGGAGGAAAAGCUCAUCAACUUGGCCGAUGGCUCGUUUUUGGUCCGGGACAGCUCGGAUGACAGGUACCUGCUCAGCUUGAGUUUCAGGUCACAGGGCAAAACUCUCCACACCCGCAUCGAGCACUCUAAUGGACGCUUCAGCUUUUACGAGCAGCCUGACGUGGAAGGACACACGUCAAUUGUGGACCUCAUCGAACACUCGAUAAAAGACUCGGAGAACGGUGCUUUCUGUUAUUCCAGAUCCCGCUUACCGGGGUCGGCAACAUACCCUGUCAGACUCACCAACCCCGUCUCUCGGUUUAUGCAAGUGCGCUCCCUGCAGUACCUUUGUCGCUUUGUCAUCAGACAAUACACAAGGAUAGACCUAAUCCAGAAACUGCCCUUACCUAACAAGAUGAAAGAUUAUUUACAGGAGAAGCACUACUGACACACACAGGACAGUGGUGGCUGUUUUGCACUUUUUAUGUUUAGUGAGGUGUACACAAGGUUUACACACCCUUAACCCUUUCUAGAUGAUUAAUUAGUUUACUUGGAGAGCAAACACACAAAUCGUUAUAACAAUGUAUCAGUUCAGUUCUGCAAAAGAAUGCUGAAACACAGGCGACAUAACAUUCAAAAUUUGAGGCCACUUGUACAUUCAUCUGCAUUGUUAUCAUGAAGUUGGUGAAAUAAAGGAUUUCACAUUUACCUUUUUGGGCCAGCAAAACUCUUCAAACUGAUUAGUUGUAUCAUGUCCUAUUUCAUUGCAAUCGAUUUUUGCUAACACAUUCAUGGAUGUGAAAACAACUUUUUAUGUUAACCUGAAUUGAUUAUCGCAACAAAUGUUUUGCUUAUCAGCAACUGCAAUUUAUUCACUGGAUCUUUUUCCUAUAAUUAAUUAAUCUGUCUCUGUGUAAUACAGGUGACAUUUUACAAAUGAGUUCUUCACUGUGUGUCAACUGGUGAAUGCUUUGGUGUUGUGGUAGAACCGGAGAAAGCACAAAGCUCUACCAUAAUAGACUUGGAGAUCUGAAGAUUUCUCGGUUGCAAAAACAAAUGCCAGCUGAACAUGAAACCUUUUUCUUUAAAAAAAAAAAAUCUGUGUAAUGACAUGCAUGAUGUGCAAGUAGUCACAGUUUACAGUGGUCUACAAUCGAGACAGUUUGCUCGAGCAGAAUGAGCUUUAAAUUAACUUCUGGCUAUAUGGAGCCUUUCAAUAUUAUGCAAGUCUAACGGUACUGAUGAUGCUGGAUUUUUUUCAUGUUGUGCUGUUUGUGGAAACAGCUUUGUGUUAAUCUUGUGCUCUACAAAUAAGUGGGACCUAUUAUGUUUGUGAUUUAUGAUACAAAAUCAAGUAAAAAAAAAAACACUGAGGCAAAGGUAUGCCAAUAUAAUGUUUCUAUCCUUAUUUUCUAUUACUUUAGCUCACCCCUGAUGUCUGUAUUUAGUUUCUGAUAAAGGCAACUAAAUUUUGGCCUUUAGAACUGCGGGCCUGUUUGAACAGUAAAGGGUAGCUCAAGAUAAUUUAGAAUUAAAUUGCCAGUUCAAAAUUUGGACUUGGUUUCUCAGUCAGCAUGAGAUAACUGCCCAAACCUUUUACUGGUAUUUUUUUUAGUUUGUUUAUUGGAAAGGGCAAGUUUAACACAAUAGGUCCUCCUUUAAAGUAGAUAAUUUUGUGUCAUGACUAUUCCACAGCAGCGACAUUGAAGAAAUUUGCUGCUCUUUAAAUCUAGUUAUGUGCAUGUCGUGAAGGCUUCAACAGUUGACCUCAACGAGAAAAGAUGUCGCAAUGGGUUUCACCACAUUACGUAAACCCGAAUCAAGCCGUGAUGUAGUUUCUAAUUAUAAACGAGGACUUUAGAACAGGCCUGUCGUAACUUGACCUGAAUCCAUAUGCAGUGACUCCUGUGUUGUUAAGUUUGACCCAGAUCAAUUAAAUACCCGAAAUGAUGUGAGCCCUGGUUGGCAUAAGGUCAAGGUCUCCGUUUAUGACAGUUCAUAAACGUCACUUGGCUUCAUUAGCAAUCUGCGAGUUUUGGGGGGAAAAAACGACAACCUGAAAAUACAUUUUGAAUCAUCCAGCAGUUUCUCCAACAGAAAGGGAAAAGCACAUACCUUCUUUUUACAAGUGCUUUAUAUGGAUACCUUAAGAGGGAAUUCUGGUAAUGUGAGUUUUGACACUAGCGACUGAGUCUUUCAAAGUGGGCCUUCAGACAACUGCUAGGAUGUUAGUUUUAGAUAGCUGGAAACGUUGAUGUCUGAGAAAUUAGGAACUUUGAAUGGUAUUGCAUGUUAAAGUUUGUAGCUUUUUAAAGCAUUUGAGAUGAAUAGGAAUGAAGGAUCUUGGUUAUUCUAACGUGUUUUGGUGGGGAUGUUUUCUUUAUAUCAAACGAGUUGGAUAUUGCUUUUCUUUUACAAUCCUUUAGUUUUGUAUCUGUGACAAUUACCAUCUAGGGCUGUUUGCGAUACACGGAAAACAACGUGUGCUUGUUUGGAGUAGAAUUAGAAAAACAAAAUACAUUGAAGAAUUAUUUUGCACUUGGAUUCUCUGAUUUUUACAUCCUGCCAAGAAUUGUCCUUCGCAGUCGCUCGGUAGUGGUUAUUUCUUCAUGUAUUCGUUUAACUCUUUACUGUAUUUAGUUUGGUGUCAUACAAUAUGUGUGAAACAUGAAGAGGAAGGCACCAGCAAGCUGUCCAGAUAGGCGGAUCAUGAAUGUGGAUGUACUUUUGAUUGAAAUGUGAAAGUAAGAUGUCUUUAAUAUGAUGUUCAGUCAGUUCUAUUUCUGUUAUGAUCUGCAAUUCCUUGUCACAUUUUUGAUGAGCAGGAACCCUUUUUCUUUAGUGUUGCUGCUGUGACCUGCCCCUUCGCCCCUUCCCUCUCUUCAAGCGUUAAUACCUUCACCAUGUGAUUCCAGAUGUUGAUGCAUGUUCAGGCUUCUGUUCCGCACUUAACAAGCAUCGCAGAUUUUUGAGGAUAAAUGAAGGUGAUUGUUUACAACAUUAAUUUUGGAAAUGCCCACCCCAUCCAUGUUUUGUUGAUGUCUCAAAUAUAUUGGUACAAGACUGUCAGUCGUGUUCUACACUUUUGUGCUGCUUAUGGAAAACAAUUGCCUUUCUUGUAUUUAACAACAGGGGAACUAGAAUGUCACCAAUUUCGACAUAAUGUACACUCGAUGGUGUGUUGUCAUCUUGGGAGAGCAAUGCAGAUUUGCAGUUUGUUUAAAAACUAGAUUUCAGCUCAAAAUAGUGAUUAAGUAAACAUUUUUAAGAAUUACUAGUUCCAAUCUGUUUACAUUGGUUGUCAACUUCCCAAAGUAGACAGUCUUUUGUAAUUUCUUUUGUUAAUCAGCAGUGAUUUAUUGCACAUUUUGGAUACAGUUUAAGAGUUUUUUUGUA